AUGGCUGCACAAGGCGGAAGUAAAAAUCAUUGGAAAGGCCUGUAUGCUGGGUUAGCUGGAAAUAUUGUCGGUGUUCUUCCAUAUGUGCAAAAGACUGCAGGGGCAAUUGGAGGGGCUGCUGCUUCUCUCAUUCGUGUUCCCACAGAGGUGGUUAAACAAAGAAUGCAAAUGAGUCAGUUCAAGACUGCACCUGAUGCCGUUCGCCUUAUUGUCGCUAAAGAAGGAAUUAAAGGACUUUAUGCCGCUAAGAGGGAGUUGAAAGACGCAGAGAAUGCAAUUAUUGGUGCUUUUGCUGGUGCCAUUACUGGCGCUUUAACAACACCCCUCGAUGUCAUGAAGACAAGAUUGAUGAUUCAGGGACAAGCAAACCAAUAUAGAGGUUUCAUUGAUUGUGCUCAGACUGUCAUGCGAGAGGAAGGUGCUGGCGCAUUUCUGAAGGGUAUUGAGCCAAGGGUACUAUGGAUUGGCAUUGGCGGGUCAAUCUUCUUUGGUGUUCUGGAGAAAACAAAAUCGAUUCUAGCUGAGAGGAAUAUCCGUAGGUGA